GGGAGAGGAGAGGAGAGGAAAAGAAAACCAAAGGAAAACUAACCAAGCAAAACUGCUGCUCUCCGGUCUGUGGAGCCUUCAAGGUUUCCCCAAAAUAUGUCCUCUGGCCAACAAGUUCCUUCUGGGUUAGAUGGGUUAGAUUUUCAGGCCACCACCAAUCUGCCGAAUUCCUGCAGUCCCUACAGUCCAGUAGGUGAAGGAGGCCGAGAGAGGGGCAGGGGACCCUCAAUCCCUGUCCGGAGUUGCUUGAGGAGUGGCCAAAUGGCCUCCGCUGGAGUCAGCUCUGCUGCCGGCGCGCGCUCUCUCUGCUGCUCCCAGACUAGGAAGGAACCUCACCAGCAGGGCACAGUCAGCCAGAGCCCGAGAGCUCAGAGUGAACUAUUAAAGCAGCACAAACUUCAGGCUCAAUGGGAAGGCGGCCUUGGUCUCGCGCUCCCCCUGCGGGCGACAUCCGCAAUCGUUCUGCUUCAGCAUGCUGCCUGGACAUCUAUUCCUGGUGGGAGGAGCUAUGCUGAGCCUCAGCACAGCCAGCUCACUUGAUUGGGGUAAACCUUGGAGCCUGAGCCUGCAGCACCAAGAAACCAUGAGCUUCUUGGCAGAGUUGAAAACCGUGCAGGCUCACCAGUGCCUGCGGGACAGAACCAAUUUCCGAUGUCCCUGGAAGAAAGGACCUCUCAUCACUCAGGUGAAGCUGCAAGAAGCCACCAGUUGCUACUCCCAGGUGCUCAGGCAGGUCCUCCACCUCUUUGGCACAGAGGCCAGCAGAGCUGCCUGGCCAGAGAGGGCGCUUGAUCAGUUCCUAACUAGCCUGUGGAGUGAGCUGGGAGUGCUGGAGAGAGCAAGAGAGCAGGGCCAGUCCUGUCCACUGCGUUUCGCCCUGGCCAUCCGCAUCUACUUCCUUGGGUUCUUCCGCUAUCUGAAGGGAAAGGCACACAGCCCUUGUUCCUGGGAGAUGGUCAGAGUACAACUGCAAGUGGACCUCUCAGCAUUCCCACUGUCUGCGUGAAGGAGCCUCAAGAAGAGGAGAAGCUCCCUGCAGGAAUGUCUGCUCUCCUCCCUUUCUGGAUUCAAAGCAGACACUUGGAUUGGGUUUUCGAUUGGGAUUAGGCACCAGGUGAAACGGGUCUGCAUCGAAAAAGAACACGGAGUCUUUAUGUCUUUCCCGGCUGUGCCCCCAAGAAUCAUAUCGGGCACCAUACCUAGUGAAUGUUUGAAAGCAAAGUUGUAUGUGUGCAUUUCACUGUGUCUCUGAAU